GUUCUCAGGUUCGAUACAGAAUUCAUAACGGAAUAAAAACGUGCACAAUUAAAUUCAAAAGCUUACCUGCAGCGUAUUUGCCACCACACGAAAUAACAGGAGUCUUUUUGUAGAGCGACAAUUUAAGGCAGUACAAAAAGAACCAAGCUUAGAGUAUCAUUGAAUUGUUUAUAUUCCUGCUACCAAUUCAAGAGACUUUCAAUCAAGAUGGCCGGAUCGUCGAGCAUUAAUGCGCUGUUGGCCAAGCAAAUGAGUUUGGGCGAGGAAAUUCAGAGCCUCAUUCGCAAUUAUAAAAAGGAUUCGGCUCAACGGAAAUCUAAACUUGGAUAUUUUGAAGGGCGACUAUGCAAAUUGCAAUAUUUGUGGAAUGCAUUUACCGAUGGGCAAAAUACUAUUAAAACUCGCAACGAAAAGACGGAAAUGGAACAUACAUAUUUUAAAACCAACUUCUUUGUCAAAAUAAAGACUUUGGUAAUUUCAUAUAUAGGAGAAUUCAUUCAGAAACUGCCCACAAUAGAAAAUGAUACCGAAAACGUGCACGUAUUGGGAAAGGAUACUAGACACGUGACCGCAUCGCCGGAGAAUUCUGACGCUGAGUUCGAUUCUAAACUUCAAGAGCAGCGGCAAUCUAUGGACAGAAUUGAGGAAAUUAUACAAAAUUUGGAACGCGUGACAAGGAAUGGGAUUAACCCGAUCAUUUUACCCUAUUUAACACUAAUGAAAAAAAUGCAUGCGGAAAUGAAUCAAGUAGACAUGUAAAUGUAAUACGUACGUUGUGUUAUUUACUUAUUA